GACAACCUGAGCUGAAGAUAUUUUGCGUGGCUUGUUAUGACUUGAAAUAAGAAUGAAACUGAUCGGUGGUAUUUCAGGUACUCCUCCAUCUUCUUUCGUCGUCGUUCACCUUCACCACGAAAAGAAAAAAAGAUAUCUUCUGAUAUUUUCAGCGAGACAGUUUGACAGUGUAGGAUGAACUCUGCCACUAUCACUUGCGGAUGGUGAAGAAUUAGGGUUUUACCUUUUCCUGCGGCGGUCUGAGUCUGGACUCUGGGGUUUAAGAAACAAAUGGGGGAAGUUGUUUUUUGCGAAGAACAAGACGUGGAGAUGGUAUUGCAGGAGGACGAAGAGCGGAGAGACACCCAGAUAGAAAAGAAGGGGACUACUACAUCUAUGAUCGAGUGGGAGAAAUUCCUCCCUCGGAUGUUUCUGAGGGUUUUGCUGGUUGAAGCUGACGAUUCGACACGGCAGAUCAUUGCGGCACUUCUGCGCAAGUGCAAUUAUAGAGUUGUUGCAGUUUCUGACGGCUUAAAGGCAUGGGAGGCACUUAAAGGCAGAGCGCAUAAUAUAGAUCUCAUCUUGACAGAAGUGGAAUUGCCUUCAAUAUCUGGAUUUUCUCUUCUUACUCUGAUAAUGGAGCAUGAGAUCUGCAAGAACAUUCCUGUUAUAAUGAUGUCCUCAAAUGAUUCAAUUAGCACGGUCUUCAAAUGCAUGAUGAAGGGUGCUGCUGACUUUCUCAUUAAACCUAUUAGAAGGAAUGAACUUAGAAAUUUGUGGCAGCAUGUUUGGAGAAGAAAAUCUUCAGCUGGUGACAGAAGCUUUGCACAACGAAAAGUUGAAUUAAUAUCUGAAAACAGUGCUGCCAGUAAUCACUCUAGUGAUUAUAGUGAUUAUGUUGCUUCCAGACGGAAAAAUGAGAUGUGCAGUGAAAAAGGAAGUGAUGCUCAAAGCUCUUGUACAAAGCCAGAUAUGGAGGCUGAGAGUGCAUGCAUGCAAAAUCUGCAGGAUAUUUCGCAGCCAAUAUGUCGGAGUUCUUCUGUUGUGAGUUAUAGGAAAAUACAUAAGCAUGGAGCAUGCGCUAGAUUGGAUCAGGGAUCACUUGAACAUGUGAACAAAAAGGAAGAGAAAUCGUCAGCUAGAUCUGUAGCGGAGGUGACACCUUCAAAUGAAGCUAAUGAGUCAGCUAGAUUUGUUCCAGGAGAAGACCAUGCUUAUGAAAAAACACACUUUAAGGAUGUUGCAGCAGAGAAUCAGAGUGACAAAGCUAAUAUUACUAGUGCAGCUCGCGAAAACGAUCAUGAAAGGGCAGCACGCCAUAGUGAAGCAAUUGACUUCAUUGGAGCGUUUGAUAAUCACCUGAGAUGCACUUUUGGACAUUCAUGCAACGCUGUUACCAAAGAAGUGUUAUCUAAUGAGAUGAAAACCUUUUCUGCUUCGAACAAUAAGUUGGUUUGCACUCCAUUAUUGGAGCUUUCCCUGAAAAGGUCCCAUCUGAGUGGCUUGGAAAAUCAAGGAACAGAUGAAAGGCAUACAUUGAACCAUUCAAAUGCGUCGGCUUUUUCAUGGUAUAAUAACAGGAAACCUGGAUCUCAGCUUCUGAUGUCAACCAAUGUUUGCACUGAACCCGGAGAUUGCUUAAGCAAAUCUCAAAGGCAUGUGCCAAAUCAAGAUCCUGAUCAUACUGCUCAUGCUCGUCAACGUAAUAGUUUAAAUAAACUUCAGGAAAGUGCUACCUCUUCAGUUGGUCAAUCUGACCCAGCUGAAACAUUGCUACCAUGCCAUCAGAAGGGGGUCGUUCAUGUCCCUGUUCCCAUCACAGGGAUGAGGUUAGAUGGUUUGUCUGCCUGCUAUGCUACUGUAUUGCCACACAUGUUUUAUUCACAAUCAGCUCAACUGCCACUAUGUGGUCAAAGUUCCGGAAGCCAGCAAGAACCCACUACUGCUUGUCUGAAUUUGUCUCAUCAAUCCAAUCCAGAAAUUCAGCAUGAACGAGUAUGCCACUUUCAGGAUCAGAAUGGCGAUAGUUCCACCAACCAAACAUUGCAUGGGCAGAAACAUAAUGUUGAAGCUCUGGAAGAUCCAAGAGAUAUUUCCCCACCCACUGGUCAGAGUGCAAAUAACAGCAUAGAUAAUGGUGCUAGAAGCCACCUUAACAGCGUUGGUUAUGGGAGUGUGUGCAAUGGAAGUAACGGGAAUACCACUGCAGUUGUUGCUGCCAGGACCACUGCAGAAAGCAGGAGUGGUGAAAGCAUCUUUGUCCAUGACAGAGUUGAAGGGAUGGAUCCUAAUCGUUCCACCCAGAGAGAAGCAGCUCUAACCAAGUUCAGGUUGAAACGGAAAGAUAGAUGCUAUGAGAAAAAGGUUCGUUACCAAAGCAGGAAAAGACUUGCUGAACAGCGGCCCCGUGUGAAAGGACAGUUUAUCCGUCAAGCGUCACUUGAUGAUCCCUCAGCUGGAAGUGAUUAUUAACAAUUGACAUUUUUGCUUCAUGGCUGACACACUCAGAUGAUACUCUUCAAAUCAGUUAUAGAAAUUGGAAUAUCGCCAAUUGGAAUGGGAUAAAUGUAGAGGGAUCUCAGAUUGCGCCUGUGGGUUGGGUUUGAUGGCAAGACGUUCCAGGGCGCUGGAUGUGAGCUGCGACCUUUUGUGCAUAGUAGAGCUGGAUCCGGUAGGGAUAUGACUUAUGAGCAUUGUUCUCACAGUGAUGUCUUUGCGGUUGAUCUGACUGCAAAUUAUCUUGCACCUGAUGCAAAUACUAGUGUAAUUAUUUGAUGGUACAUUUGAGUCUUUUGACUUCUCUACAAGUUAUGAUUUUAUCUAUUUGUUCAUUUAUAUAAUUGUUGUGUUCCAGUUCGACACACCA